UUCCACUGGUUGGAUUUUAACAUUUGAUCGUGGAUGAGUAUCACGUGCAGCGAUGUAUAUAUUUAGUGUCAGGACAUUGCAUUGUAUGGCGAGAGUGGCAGCCUUCGGGACGUGCUCAAGGUCAGGGAGGUCGUGCAGCGGACGAGUGUCAGCGCCAGCACGUCCUCCGCCGGCAGUCUCCUUCAGCUGGUCGCCCUGUUCAGAACCCACCACCUCUACACACCACUCCAAGAUGGCCAAGUAUCAGAUUGUUAUGGUCCGUCAUGGUGAGAGCGAAUGGAAUAAGCUGAACAAAUUCUGCGGUUGGCACGAUGCUCAACUCUCCGAGCAGGGUGUGAAGGAGGCUCAUGCCGCUGGGAAGGCACUGAAGGAUGCCGGCUUCAAGUUUGACCUUGCCCACACCUCUGUAUUGACCAGGGCCAACAAGACCCUUGAUGCCAUUCUGGAGGAGAUUAACCAGAAGGACAUCCCCAUCCAGAAGACCUGGCGUCUCAAUGAGCGUCACUAUGGUGGCCUUACUGGCCUCAACAAGGCUGAGACCGCCCAGAAGCACGGUGAAGAGCAGGUGAAAAUCUGGCGGCGCAGUUUUGACAUUCCUCCUCCCCCAAUGGAUGAGAGCAACCCUCACUACAAGGAAAUUGUGGAAGACCCCCGCUAUGCUGAUGGCCCCAGCAAAGAAGAGUUCCCCAUGUUUGAAUCUCUGAAGCUGACUAUUCAGCGCACUCUGCCCUACUGGAAUGACGUCAUUGUGCCCCAGAUGAAGUCAGGAAAGAAGAUCCUCAUUGCUGCUCAUGGAAACUCCCUCCGUGGCAUUGUUAAGCACCUGGACUCCAUGUCGGACGAAGCCAUCAUGGGUCUAAAUCUUCCCACUGGCAUCCCAUUUGUAUAUGAGCUGGAUGAGAACCUGAAGCCAGUUGUGUCCAUGAAGUUCCUUGGUGAUGAAGAGACGGUGCGCAAGGCCAUGGAAGCUGUGGCUGCUCAGGGCAAGGCCAAGUAAAGUCUUUGAGCUGUAUAGUUACCGUGUCAGAAGGAGUUAUUGCGUUACAAUGUGGAGUUUGUAUCUUCUCUUCUAAAAAUGUUUUGAUUAAUUUUAGAAUGUAAUGCCAAAUUUGUUUUUUUUUUUUAGAACUUUCAUUCGAUCAGGAAAAUUUUGUCUAGUCAUUCUUCUUUUGUUGUGGAUCUUGUGCAGCCCAUAUACAGAAGUGUAUGUGUAUGUGUCUGCUGUAUUGUGAGGUUAUGUAUCAAUGUAUGAAUGACAUUAAAUUUAUUUAUGAAG